GCGUGCGCCUCUUGCCGGCAGCCGCUGUGAGUCGCACGGAGCUUACAGCCGCCUUUGAGCGUGUGAUGCACCGUGGUCGACGCACCUGUGAGGAGCAAUAAACCCAGCCCGGUACCGCCUCGUGCUCACCGCCCUUUCCAGCAGCGGAAACAUUGCUGCUUUAAACGGGAUCCUGGAUUUUAAUAACUACGGGGUGAGGAGUUUUACAGCUGGAUUUUAACAGUUGGAUACUCUUGGCAAAAUGCUUAACUAAGGAAGUGCAGUCCAGAGCUUGGAAGACCUGAAAAUGCUUGAUACCUCGAGUCACAAAAUUGGACCUGGGAACAGCAAGAAGUAGCCGACCAGCAGAUCUCGGGUGUUUAAGAGAACCAUUAUGUACACUGGGGCCAGUCCAAGUUGUGCUUUAAAAUGAUGGAAGUAAGAGAGGCCAGUGGAUCCCUUGUCAGCUCCAUCUCCCAACGGACAACAUGAAGGAGAUUCAUCUCACCCUGAUAGCCAGAGAAGUCCGUUCCAUCAGACCUAGCACCACGAGUCUUGAUAGCAUCUGUUCUGAAGUGUAAAAGAAACUUAUUAAAAGAUCACCCUCCCCCUGCCGGUCCUCUCUUUAACCCUACGGAGGAAAACAACACUUCCUCCAUACGACCACUGCCCUGCAACUACUGGACAAUUUACUGAUGUGAACAUACUGACCCGAAGACUGUUAACCACAACGACUGUUCUCCCACUACUGCCCUUUUCCCUUUGAAAAACAUAUUUUUAUAAGAAAUAUUUAUCAGAAUAUAUCUCUACACGUAUUGUUGAUAACAUUUGGAUCCCUUAAAUUCAGUCUGACCAUCCUAAGAUUUCCUUCAGAUUGACUUUCCCUCAGACACCUUGUUGGAGUAAAACAUCCUUUGCAGCUAUGGGUCCUGUAGGUUUCUCCAUCACUCUGCAAGUGUUCCUCAGCACAUGUCUGGGACUGGAAUUUUUAGGCACACCAGGUCAGUGGGCCCGCUACCUCCGCUGGGAUGCCAGCACCCGCGGUGACCUCAGCUUCCAGUUGAAGACGGAAGCCUCGGAGUCGCUUCUGCUGUACUUUGACGAUGGCGGCUACUGUGACUUUCUGCAGCUGUCGGUGGUGGAGGGCCGACUGCAGCUUAGUUUCAGCAUCGACUGCGCUGAGACCACGGUCGUGUCUGACAGACGGGUGGAUGACGGCAGCUGGCACUCUGCCGGUCUGAGCAGGUAUAACCUGCGCUCAGUGCUGGUACUGGACGGCCAGGCCAAAGCAGAUGAGGUGCGGCCGCAGCGUCAAUUCAUGAAAAUCGUCAGCGAUCUGUUCCUGGGUGGAGUGCCUCAGGAUAUCCGCAACGGUGCACUCACACUGCCUACGGUGCGAAACAUGCAGCCCUUCAGGGGCUCAAUUACAGACCUCAAAUAUGGCAUCUCACAGCCCCUGUUCCUGGGAAGCCUUAAUGUGCCCCUGGAGUCAGAAGGGUGGUGCACGGUGAACCCAUGUGAGAAUGGAGGUACGUGCUCCGUGGUGGACGGAGAGCCGGUCUGCGACUGCUCCAAAACAGAGUACAAGGGCCGCUUCUGCAGUGAAGAGGUCAACAACAAUAUGCCAGGCCUUGCACAUAUGAUGGCAGAACAAGCUAAAAGCAAAGCCAGGGAAGAGAAUGUAGCCACUUUCCGUGGCUCAGAGUACUUCUGCUACGAUCUCUCCCAGAACCCCAUCCAGAGCAGCAGCGAUGAGAUUACGCUCUCCUUCAAGACGUGGCAGCGCAACGGCCUUAUCCUCCACACCGGCAAGUCAGCUGAUUACGUCAACCUGGCACUGAAGGACGGCGCCGUCUCCCUCGUUAUCAAUCUGGGCUCCGGAGCCUUUGAGGCUAUCGUGGAACCAGUCAACGGGAAGUUCAACGACAACUCGUGGCAUGAUGUCAAAGUGACCCGCAACCUCCGGCAGGUGACAAUAUCAGUGGAUGGGAUUCUGACCACCACAGGUUACACCCAGGAGGACUACACCAUGUUGGGCUCUGAUGACUUCUUCUAUGUGGGUGGAAGCCCCAGCACCGCUGACCUACCUGGAUCUCCAGUCAGCAACAACUUCAUGGGUUGUCUCAAGGAGGUGGUGUAUAAGAACAAUGACAUCCGUCUUGAGCUGUCCCGCCUGGCUCGCAUUGUGGACCCUAAGAUGAAAAUCCAGGGUGAGGUGUCCUACAAGUGUGAGAAUGUGGCCACUCUGGACCCCAUUUCUUUCGAGACUCCCGAGGCCUACAUCAGCCUUCCAAAGUGGAACACCAAGCGGAUGGGAUCCAUCUCUUUCGAUUUCCGCACAACCGAGCCCAACGGCCUCAUCCUCUUCACCCAUGGCAAACCUCAGGAACGCAAAGACGCUGCUCGCAGCCAGAAGAACACCAAGGUGGAUUUCUUUGCAGUAGAGCUGCUGGAUGGCAGCCUGUACCUUCUGUUGGACAUGGGCUCAGGGACUAUCAAGGUAAAGGCCACCCAGACAAAGGUCAAUGAUGGUGCAUGGUAUCACGUGGACAUCCAGAGAGACGGACGCUCAGCUCUGUACCCGAUCUCUACUCCCUUCAUCCCCACCACAGGGACUAUCUCCGUAAACAGCAGAAGGACCCCAUUCACAGCCAGUGGUGAGAGUGAGAUUCUGGACUUGGAGGGCGACAUGUAUUUGGGGGGGCUUCCCAGUGACCGCACCAACCUCAUCCUGCCCACUGAGCUCUGGACAGCGAUGCUCAACUAUGGCUAUGUGGGCUGUAUCCGUGACCUUUUCAUUGACGGUCGAAGCAAAGACAUCCGUCAGAUUGCUGAGGCACAAAAUGGCGCUGGCAUCAAACCCUCGUGCAACAAGCAGCCUGGCAAGCAGUGUGAGAGCUACCCAUGCAAGAACCGAGGAGUCUGCAAAGAAGGCUGGAAUAGAUUCAUCUGUGACUGCACUGGCACUGGCUACUGGUCACGCACCUGUGAGAGAGAGGCUUCCAUCCUCUCCUAUGAUGGCAGCAUGUAUAUGAAGGUGGUGAUGCCCAACAUCAUGCACACUGAGGCCGAGGACGUCUCCCUGCGUUUUCGCUCCCAGCGGGCCUAUGGCCUCCUCAUGGCCACCACAUCUCGAGAAUCAGCCGACACGCUCAGGCUGGAGUUGGACGGCGGUCGCGUCAAACUCACGGUCAACCUAGACUGUAUCAGGAUAAACUGUAACACCAGCAAGGGACCGGAGAACCUGUAUGCCGGGCAAAAGCUCAAUGAUAAUGAAUGGCAUACAGUGAGAGUGGUGCGACGCGGCAAAACCUACAAGCUAACUGUUGACGAUGAUGUAGCAGAAGGCCAAAUGGUGGGCGACCACACUCGCCUGGAGUUCCACAACAUUGAAACGGGCACCAUGACAGAGCGUCGAUUUGUUUCCAGCAUCCCAUCCAGCUUCAUUGGUCAUCUGCAGAGCCUUAGGUUUAACGGCAUGCUCUACAUCGACCUGUGCAAGAAUGGUGACAUUGAUUAUUGCGAGCUCAAUGCACGCUUUGGGAUUCGUUCUAUCAUCGCCGACCCUGUCACCUUCAAAUCCAAGAGCAGCUAUCUGAGCCUGGCCACCCUACAGGCCUACACAUCCAUGCACCUCUUCUUCCAGUUCAAGACAACCUCCCCAGACGGCUUCAUAAUCUUCAACUCUGGAGACGGCAACGAUUUUAUCGCUGUAGAACUGGUAAAAGGAUACAUCCACUAUGUUUUUGACCUUGGAAAUGGGCCCAACCUCAUCAAGGGCAAAAGUGACAGGGCAUUGAAUGACAACCAGUGGCACAAUGUGGCCAUCACCCGAGACAACAGCAACACCCACACACUGAAAGUAGAUGCUUCGGCCACUAGUCAGAGUAUCAAUGGGGCCAAGAAUCUGGACCUGAAAGGUGAUCUCUUCAUCGCAGGACUGGGUCCAGGCAUGUAUGGCAGCCUGCCUAAACUGGUGGCUUCCAGAGAAGGCUACCAGGGCUGUUUGGCAUCGGUGGACCUUAACGGUCGCCUGCCGGAUCUCCUCAGUGAUGCCUUGUUUCGCAGCGGGCAGAUAGAGCGUGGAUGCGAAGGUCCCAGCACCACCUGUCAGGAGGACUCCUGUGCCAACAUGGGUAUUUGUAUCCAGCAGUGGGAGAACUACACCUGUGACUGCUCCAUGACCUCCUACACUGGCACACAGUGCAAUGACCCUGGGACGACGUACAUCUUUGGCAAAGGAGGAGGCCUCAUUACAUUCAAGUGGCCAGCUAAUGAGAGACCGAGCACCAGGACGGACAGGCUGACCGUCGGCUUCAGCACCUCCCUGAAAGAUGGCAUCCUGGUCAGGAUUGAAAGUGCACCUGGUCUGGGGGACUAUCUAAUGCUGCACAUUCAACAAGGCAAAAUUGGAGUGACAUUCAACAUUGGCACAGUGGAUAUCGGUGUUCAGGAGGGCAGCACCCCAGUGAAUGAUGGGAAGUAUCAUGUUGUUCGCUUCACCAGGAAUGGUGGCAAUGCUACACUGCAGGUGGAUAACUGGGCCAUCAAUGAGCACUUCCCAACAGGGAACAGUGACAUUGAACGCUAUCAAAUGGCCAAUAAGAAAAUUCCUUUCAAAUACGCCAGACCAGUAGAAGAGUGGCUGCAAGAGAAAGGACGGCAGCUAACAAUUUUCAACACUCAAGCAACAGUCGCAAUUGGCGGUAGUGAUCAAGGCCGGCCCUUUCAGGGUCAACUGUCUGGCCUUUAUUACAAUGGCCUCAAAGUGUUGAACAUGGCUGCUGGGGGGAACCCCAACAUCAAGAUUAAUGGCAGUGUGAGGUUGGUAGGUGAUGUACCCAGUGUAGCAGGCUCAGCCAGGACCACAGCCAUGUCUUCAGAGAUGUCCACUACCUUCAUUGAGACUACCACCAUGAUGUCCACCACUACCACACGGAAACACAGAUCCUCCUCAACUGUACAGCAUCCGGGAGAUGAGAUUGUGUCAUCUGCAGAGUGUUCGAGUGAUGACGAAGAUCUGGAGGAGUGUGAAACUAGCCAUGCAGGUGGGCUAGCACUCCCCACAGAGCCGGGCGUCAGGCGAGUUCCAGGGCCCUCGGAAGUGGUCCGUGAAUCUAGCAGCACCACCGGGAUGGUCAUCGGAAUAGUGGCGGCCGCUGCCCUGUGCAUCCUCAUCCUUCUGUAUGCCAUGUAUAAGUACAGGAACAGGGAUGAAGGCUCCUACCAGGUGGACGAGAGCAGGAACUACAUAACCAACUCAGCUGUGCAGAGCAAUGGCGCUGUCAUGAAGGACAAACAGCAGAGCUUGAAAGGCAGCAACAAGAAACAGAAAAAUAAGGAUAAGGAGUACUAUGUGUGACUGUGAGACUUUUGUGAGCAUGAGAGAGUGAAGAAAGAAAGCACUAACAGAACAUUUACUUAUCAGUUUCCUUGCGAGGAGCUAUGACAAAUGAUGGUAUAACAUGGAACUUGAAUAAUCUUAUACUGUGCUGAGUAGUUGAAAUGAUGAUAUGUACUGUAAUAUAAAGCACACUUACUAUUGUAAGCAUAACGACAAGGCUAACUAGCAACUUUAGAGACCUUACUCUUCUAUCUGGUCCGAGACGUUAUCAGUAUAGAAAUAUUUCACAGCUACAUCAUUCUCCUAAGUGACUUUUAGAGCUAUGUGAUCCUUGGCAUUAAACAAAAAUUGUUUUUGUAAGAUUGUUAAUUACAAAAGGCUCAUAAUCUUUACAUUUUCAGCAUGUAAGCAACAUGUAGUGCUUAACGAGAGGGGGGUCAGGCACACUGUCAUUGUAAAAGUUAAAAAAGGACUCUUGAUGCAUCAGAGUAUGACACAUUUUUUAUGGUUUAUACAUAAUACAAGUGUGGUGUCUGACUUAUUUUGCUUUAAGCAAAAGGGAAAAAAUGACAAAAAGAACAGCAAGAAAAGACUAUUUCUGUGUAUGAAUGAUACCGAGUGAGCAAAUUGUGCCAUGGACAGAUCUCCUAAAAUCCGUACGCUCUGGCAUCUGAUUCACCACAAUUCUUGUCAUUGUUUGACAGACAGAGUGACUCACCUUGUGGAAAGCAGUGGCUGGUUCUCAAGGUAAAAAGCAACUGAUUGUCAAAUGCAUGCCAUCCUAAUGCUACAGUAAAGUCCAGUACAGUAAAAGUCCAGUAUACAGUGUUCAAAUUGGACCAUGUUCUCUUCGUUGAUGCCAAACAAUUCUUCAUUAUCCGAUCAGAACUUAGACCCUAUCCUCUUUUUGAAACCCUCAAAAAUGUUAAACAUGGAAAACAUGAUAUCUUAAAAAAAUCUAUUAUUGAUGCACAGCCAGUGGUGGUUUUAUCUUUUUGCAAAACUGUAUGUUGGUUCGUUGCUGUUCUCAUUUUCUAUGGAGGAGUGAGGAGAAAGAUAAAUGCAGUGCUAAACACUGUUAACAAAUGUGUAUACAGAAAUAAAUCAAAUGUUGAAAGUGUGAAUUCUAUCUGCUGUCACAGUAAACUGUGUCAAAAACAUAAAAAUUUGUUUACAUAUUUUAUUACAUGCUAGCUGUUGUACUUUGUAGGUAGAAAACUGUACAUAUAUCACGACAGUUGUAAUUUUUAGUACUUCUAUUGUACAGACUGAACACAUGAUUUAUCGACGUAUUUUAUGAAAGAAUCUAUUAACUGUUAAUUUUAAUGGAGAAAAAGCUGGAAUGUGGAGAAUCAUAUUGAUAUUUCAUAAAGAAUAAAAUGUAUUGUUAGCCUAGAGUUCUAACCUGAGAUGUUUCUAAAGUUGCAUGAAUAUUGAACUACUUGCAGUUGUCCAGCGAAGGUGCCCUUCCUUCUGUAUCAUGGCUUUCUUGUUCUGGGUUACACUAGUGAUAUUUCUUUUUGGAAAGAGAAUAAACUCAGUGUUAUGACAAAUGCAGGAAGACAAAGAGGCUGUGAUGGAUGGGUUUUCACGGUUCAAACGAGCUAAAAUGGUGGUGGUGUGUGUAUGUGGGGGGGUGGGGGUCAGGGCUGAAGUGGGACUGGUCACCUCAAAUCAUUGUUUUGUCACCUUUUUAUCAUUAGUUAACAAUAUGUUACUGUUCAUUUGUGUUUCCAUUAUCUGCCAUUGUCAUUUAAUGAUGUGAAGGUGCAAUCUAUUACUUGCCUGGAGUUCACAUUUUUUGUGUUAUAAUUGUUACUUUUCAUAACCUUUUUUCAUCAGUUUGAUAACAAAUAAAACAUUGUUUUUUCUCUGAAA